AUGGAGAAGGAUCGGCCGCCGUGGCCCUCAGUGCCCGCGGUGGCGUGCGCGGCGGUGUUCCUCUCCGUCUGCGUGCCCGCCGCCGUCCCCCAGGUCCCGGAUCCUGAGCUUUUACCCACAAGUCCUCCCAAGAAGCCAGAUCCGGUCACAUCGGAGACGGUUGUUUUUUGGGGCCUGCGCUUAUGGCAAGUCAUUGGUGUGUUCUCUAUCUUCAUUCUGGCAGUUGUCAUAACACUUUGCUGCAUCUUCAAAUGCCGAAUCCCCCGAACCAGAAAGGAGAUUGAAGCACGGCACGCACAAAGGCAGGCAGCGAAGACGUACGCCAACACCCUCGAAACAGUGCCCCCUCUGAACGAACUGACUGAGAUCCCUGGGGCGGCCAAGGCUGAAGAGAAAACUGAGGUGUCCACUGUCUCUGGGAAAGUGGACGCAGAAAAGGGGGACAAGAAGAAUGCCAAAGAUGGCAACAAAAAAGACGGCAAGGGUGCCAAGGAGGGAAAGGCGGAUGGGAAGGAGGCAAAGGAGGCAUCCACCAAGAAAAAAGGAGACAAAGCUGACGACAAGGGCACGUCCAAAAAAGGAGACGCGGGAGGAGGAAAGGGCAAGAAGGCAGGGGAGAAAGGGGGAGGAGACAAGGGAGGAGAUAAGGGCACAAAAGGCGGGGCAAAAGGUGGAGCCAAGAAACCACCAGCGAAAAAGUGA